UCUCGCGAUGUUUCCAUGUUCGCGUGAGGGAAAGCAGUAUGGCAGCCGUGGCGCUGAGGUCCUGCCGCAGAGGACUUUCUCAAAUCAUCAGCAAUGUCGGGGUCUCUUCUGUAUUGUCCACGCGUUUUGAAGGAGGACCCAGGCAUGUACAAUGUACCUCGGGUGUAAGACACAAGUCUACGGUUCAGUUCGCCACCCGGCCCGACCUUCCCAAGCUGGCCUACAGACGGGUGAAGGGGAAGAGCCCAGGGGUGGUGUUCCUGCCCGGGUAUGGGUCAAACAUGAACGGACAGAAGGCUGAGGCCCUGGAGGAGUUCUGCAGGUCUUUGGGACAUGCCUAUCUCAGGUUCGACUACACGGGCCACGGCGCCUCAGAGGGGGUGUUCACCGAGGGGACCAUCGGCACCUGGAAGAAAGACGUCCUGUACGUCCUGGACGAGCUGGUGGAGGGACCGCAGAUCAUGGUGGGUUCCAGUAUAGGCGGCUGGCUGAUGUUGCUGGCAGCCAUCGCCCGGCCAGAGAAGACCGCAGCUCUCGUGGGCAUCUCUACUGCGGCGGACCACCUGGUCACAGCCUUCAACACUCUUCCGCUGGAGACGCGCAAGGAGUUUGAGGAGAAAGGCGUGUGGACGGUGCCCACCCGGCACUCGGAGGACGGCGAGUACCGCUUCAACAUGGAGUUCCUGCGCGAGGCGGAGAACCACCGCGUGCUGCAGAGCCCCAUCCCGGUCACCUGCCCCAUCCGCCUGCUGCACGGCCUGAAGGACGAGGACGUGCCCUGGCACGUCUCCAUGCAGGUGGCGGAGCGUGUGCUCAGCGACGACGUGGACGUGAUCCUGCGGCGCCACGCGCAGCACCGCAUGGCCGAGAAGGACGACAUCAAGCUGAUCGUGUACACCAUCGACGACCUCAUAGACAAGCUGACCACAAUGGUCUGAGGGCUGAGGGGACAGGAAGAAUAUGAGAGCAUGGUAGUCAUACAGGAAACCCCAAAAUAUCGGCCACGACCCUGUUUCCCUUCGAGCCAAAGUGUGGACCCUUGUUCCCGCAUCAUUCACCUGUCCACGUAUUCUGUUCUUCUGUACCCAUGUCUUCCCUUUUUUUGGGGGGGGGAAGGGGGGGGGGGGGGGGUCAACCCCAAAACAUGCCAUUCGGACAGUGCAUACACUACAGUGAAGACGGGUGACCCAUCCGGCUCAUUCUCUCCAGGUCAUGUUUGCAUAGCACUUGUUCCCGUUCAGGGCCUCCUCUCAGUUCCUAGUGGAAGGCCGCUGUGAUGCUCUGCUCGGCUUGCCACUGAUUUUUCUGUUUUCUUCCUCUUGUUUGUCUUUCUCCAUUAGACAGCCUUAGUUUGUCCUGUGCCUUUUUAAUAUCCUGACACGUUGUGGCCAAUAAAGACUAUCCACAACAUUCAGCUUCUCUUCUUCAAACCAUAGUCUCCAUAGUAACUGGUGAAACUACAUACAGGCCUAAUAUGAGAGCCUCACUUGGAGAAUGGUGCCUCCUCAACCAGUUGACCCAUCAGUGUGUUGUAUACAUUGAGCCUGACAUAGCCAGGCCAACUGUGUAUCAGUCUGGAACCUCUCAAUUAAUUAUUGAUACCCGAGGGACGUUAUCAGCAGGCGCAGAAUCGCAGACCAACCUCUGGAACAACGUGGAUCAGCUGAAAACAAUCCGAGCAAUGAAACGUGGGUCACAUUAGCGUCAGCCAUCUUCGUUGUUGCUUCCAUCGGGCGCCCCCCUAUGUGCAGUCAUGGUAUCAAACCCUCGCGAAUGAGAAACUGUUC